AGCCACACCCAAAUGAAAUAAGUCAUCACACAACACAUGUGCGAUGAGGUUGGAAAAGUGCUAUUUUUGUUCUUCUACCAUUUAUCCAGGUCAUGGAAUCAUGUUUGUCAGAAAUGACUGUAAACAAUUUAGAUUCUGUCGGUCCAAGUGUCAUAAAGCUUUUAAGAGGAAGAGAAACCCUAGGAAAGUUAGAUGGACAAAAGCAUUUAGAAAAGCAAAUGGAAAGGAAAUGACUAUGGAUGCGUCAUUAGAAUUUGAGAGGAAAAGAAAUAUUCCUACAAAAUAUAGCAGGGAAGUUUGGGACAAAACAGUUGAAGCUAUUAAGAAAGUUGAAAAGGUCAAGGUCAAGAGACAAAAUCAGUUCAUUAAAAACAGGCUAAAGGCAGGUCUUAAAUUACAAAAUGAAGCUAACAAAAAAGAAGUUGAAAAAGGAAUUUAUUUACUGGAACAGCCAUCAAUUACUGCUGAUAAGAUAAUCGCUGCACAGAAAGAAAGGCAAGUAUCAAAAAGAGAAGAAAAAGAUGUUGAACAAAUGGAGGCUGAACAAGUAUAACUUUUAUAAUAGAAUAAACAAUUAACCACUAUCAUUCAAUAAUGUAUGUAUCUAUAUGAAAAAAGUUUAAAAAAACAAA